UUUUUUAAUUUUUAACUAUUAUAAAUCCCUUUUUUUUAUUAUUUUUUUUUUUACAUAUAAAUCUAUUUUUUUGUUUAUAAUUAUAAUUUAUAUAUAUUGAACAAUGUCAAGUGAAAAGCGAAACCAAGAAUCAAUUGCCGAAAAUGAACCAAAACGUAUUCGUGUAGGUGAAACACGUAAUGUAGAUGUUCACAUGGUACCUCAAGCACCCAAGAUCCCUAAAACAAUGGCAGAAAAAGAAAAUUCACGCAGAUUGAUUGUCAUUUUGGAGCAAGCGACUUUAGAAACACUUAAAAUCGGUAAAAACAAGGAAGGCCACUAUCAACUUUUAAAUGUCGAUGAUCACCUUCACAUUCUUAAGAAAAAUAAUCGAGAAACAUAUGAAGCUAGACCUGAUAUCACUCAUCAAUGUCUUUUAACUCUUCUAGAUAGUCCUUUGAAUAAGGCAGGUUUAUUACAAGUCUAUAUUCAUACCCAGAAGAAUGUUUUAAUAGAAGUGAAUCCACAUAUCAGAAUUCCUAGAACAUUCAAACGUUUUGCAGGUUUGAUGGUUCAAUUACUCCACAAAUUAAGUAUUCGAGCUGUUAAUGGCAAUGAAAAAUUGUUACGAAUUAUUGAAAAUCCAGUUGAAAAAUAUUUACCCACAAAUAGUCAUAAAAUAGCACUUUCUUGGGAUGCACCCACAGUUAGGUUAUCAGAAUAUAUGCCUACAAUUCCAAAGGAUAAAAAUAUUGUAGUUGCCAUUGGUUCUAUGGCACAUGGUACAGAUGAUUUUGCAGAUGCUUAUGUAGAUGAUAAAAUUAGUAUAUCCGAUUAUUCAUUAUCUGCAUCUGUUGCUUGUGGUAAAAUUGCUUGUGCAGUAGAAGAAUUAUGGGGAAUUUUAUAAAAAAAAAGAAGAAAAAAUAAAAUAAAAUAGAAAUUUAUUCAAGUGUAGAUAAAGCAUUAUCCUCAGCAUGUAAUUUUUCUUCUUCUGUUAGUCCUUGAUGCCAAUGAUCUUUUAACCAAUUAUUCCAUUUGCUUGUUCUUUUUGGUGUUGUGUUAUUAUUAUUAUUAUUAUUAUAACGAAUAAAUGUAUCUUCUGUGCCAAUAAGAUAAAACAUAUGAAAAGUAUCUCGACAAAUUUUGUAUUGCAUA